CCUUUGCCUGCCUUCUUCCUCAUUCUUGUCCCUUGGUAUCACCGCACAGACACAGCUGGACCUGGUGGGGGUUCUCUGUAGUUCCAUGCUUUCUGUAAUCCUGGUUGCUGGCUCCAGCUGCUGACAGGACUGAUCUCUGCAACCUCCAGGGUCAGGAAAAAGAAAGACAGACGCCUCAGAGCUUCCAAAUCACUUCCUCUUGGCCCAGGAAUAAUGGCUGCCGUGCCAGAAGACGCUUGUGUCAACUUCAAGGAAAUGCUGUUUAUUGACAACACACUUUACUUUAUACCCGAAGAUGAUGGAGACCUGGAAUCAGACCACUUUAGCAGAGAUCACUGUACAACUGCAGUAAUACGGAAUAUAAGUGACCAAGUUCUCUUCGUUGACAAAAGAAAACCUGUGUUCGAAGAAAUGACUGAAACUGAUCAAAGUGCCAAUGAAUCCCAGACCAGACUGAUAAUAUAUAUGUAUAAAGAUAGUCAAGUAAGAGGACUGGCUGUAACCCUCUCUGUGAAGGAUAAAAGAAUGUCUACCCUCUCCUGUAAGAACAAAAUCAUUUCCUUUGAGGAAAUGGAUCCACCUGAAAAUAUUGAUGAUAUAACAAGUGAUCUCAUAUUCUUUCAGAAACGUGUUGAAGGACACAACAAAAUGGAGUUUGAGUCUUCCCUGUACGAAGGACACUUUCUAGCUUGCCAAAAGGAAAAUGAUGCUUUCAAACUCGUUUUGAAAAAAAAGGAUGAGGAUGGGGAUAAAUCUGUAAUGUUCACUCUUACUAACUUACGUUAAAGUUAGGUAUUAAGGUUUUUGUGUUCCAGAAAGAUGAUUAGUACACAUGAGCCUCAUGAUAACCUAUUCUGUAUUUCCAUAACAAAAUACCUGAGGCUGCAUGCUUUAUAGAGUAAACAAGCUUAUUUGUCUCAUG